GUAGCAUAAAGUCGGUUUCCACGGCAACGCGUCACAACGACUGAGACGAAGAUGGUUUACAUCACAGAGGAGCUGAUCCGGCGGCGGGCCGAGCACAACGACUGUGAGAUCCUCUCCCUGGAGGAGGUUUCUCUGCACCAGCAGGACAUCGAGCGGAUCGAGCAUGUGGACAGGUGGUGCCGGGAGCUGAGGAUCCUCUACCUGCAGAACAACCUCAUCCCCAGAAUCGAGAACGUGGGGCGCCUGAAGAAGCUGGAGUAUCUGAAUCUGGCCUUGAACAACAUCCAAGUCAUUGAAAACCUGGAAGGCUGUGAGAGCCUCAGGAAGCUGGACCUGACGGUGAACUUCGUGGGUCUGCUGAGCAGCGUGGAGUCGCUGCAGCACAACGCCCACCUGAGGGAGCUCUUCCUGGUGGGGAACCCCUGCACCGAGUUCCAGGGCUACCGGCAGUACGUGGUGGCGGCGCUGCCUCAGCUCAAGUGGCUGGACGGGACGGAGAUCAGCCGGUCGGAGCGGAUCAGAGCCUCGCAGGGCCUGGAGCAGGUGAGGAGGCGAGUCAGGGAGCAGGAGCAGGAGUACCUGAGGAGGAGAGAGGAGCAGAAAGAGGAGGCUGCACGAAGAGACAAGGACAGGAAACCAGACUCACAGGACGACAAGGAGAACCUGCGGAGCGCCGAGGAGGAGGAGCAGGACUUCUGGCACACGCCCUGCUCCUUCACCCCCGAGUCCCGGCUGGAGGCGCACCGCCGCCUGGAGGAGAAGAAGAACGCCAACAGGAAGGAACCAGAGAAGAAGAACAAACCUCCCAGGACUCUGAUCACCGCUGACGGACGAGUCAUGAACAUCAACGAACCCAAGUUGGCCUUUUCUCUGACUGAGGAUGAGGAAAGCAACGCUGUUGUGUUGGACCUGGCUGUUUACAGACACAUGGACACGUCCCUGAUGGACGUGGACGUCCAGCCGACCUACGCCAGAGUCAGCGUCAAAGGAAAGAUGUUCCAGGUGGUUCUUCCUGCGGAGGUGAAGCCCGACAGCUCGACGGCCCGGCGCUCCCAGACCACCGGACACCUGGUUCUGACCAUGCCCCGGGCUGAAGGUGAACUCAGAGUGAAGAAGCCCGUUCCUCGCCAGCGCCGAGACGCUCCGAGCCGCGGCUCAGCAGAGGAACAGAACAGAAAGGAUAAAAUUCCUGAGAGGCUGGACGUUGAUCCCAGUAAACGUAAAUCUGUGGAUAUCGCCAACAUCGUGCCUCAGCGGAGCAACGGAGAAGAUCUUCAGCAGGAACCAGAUGGAACAGCAGAACUCCCUGAAGGGAACCCUCCCUGUCUCCAUCUUUGCGUCCUGAACUGCAGCCAAGGACAGAUGUGGGGUUUCCUCUGCAGCAGCGCCAUCAGAAGCAACCAAUCACAGGAGGAACCUGACUCCUGCUUUCGUUUUUAUGAAGUGCUGCCACAGCAAAACCAGAUGUGAUCUUGUGUCAGUCCUGCAGAAGACGACAGCUGGACUCAUUUUUCAUGGGAGCAGUUUGAUUCAUGGCGGCUUUACGUCGAUGUUGGGCUCCACCAGGAAAAUCCACCGAUCAUCUCAAGCUGGUCGUGUUGCUGAAGUCGUCUCCGUCUUUGUGUCUUUUAACCCCGCGCUGUGAAAGUUGGAUGAGCUGGAUGAAUAAAACAUGACGGCUGAGGAGUCGACCACGUCAUGCAGAUAUAACGCAGUGCCUUCAAUUAUUCACCAGCUGGAUCUCUGACAAAGACCCAGGAAGGAUCCUCAGUCUGGGUAAACAGGAAACAAUACCUGCAGUCCAGCCAGCAGCAGCAUGCUAGGAAAAAACACACAUUUUACUAAAACGAGAUUUCUUUUGUCUCAUGAUUUGUUUUGGUUUUUUGAACUUUGGUUUAGUGUCGCUGUAAUGAAGUCUGAAUUCUACAGCCAUGAAAUGCCAAAGCCUCAACAUUGAUGAUAGAGAUUAUGAUAAAACUGAAGUCAUGCUUUUAGCAUUUUGUUGCAGUUUUCAGACUGAAAACAUUCUAUAAAAUGAAACCAUUUUGGUUCGUUUUCCACAGUUGUAAAGUAACACGUCUGUACUUGUUGCAUAACUAAUACUAUGCAUUUUAAACUUCAUCUAAAUAAAAAUAUGUUUUUAAGUCUUA